AUGACGACGAAGGUAUCGUCCACAUACCGAGUCCAGAAUUUCGGUCUGUGGUGUUCGAAGACGAGCGACUCUAACCGCUGGCGCCUCCAAUUUCUGACCGCUAAUUCGGGCACCACCGUCUAUUCCUCAACACAAUUCCUGGAGAAGCGUAAAGGAGUAAGUCUCUUGCCAACUGAGAUCAUGGUAUCUUUUGAUGUCACGCCCCUCUUUAUUUCUAUCCCUCAGGAUCUGGCAAUCGAGACCGUCGAGUUACUCUUGCGAAGCAAAUACAAUGAAUCGGAGAAUCGUUUCGGACAUGCCCAAGUCCUUCAGCUCCUGAAGUUCUGUCUCAGGACGUACUUCACGUUUGACGGAACAAUCUACGAGCAAGUGAAGGGAACACCAAUGGGCUCGCCGAUUUCGGGAUUCAUCGUCGAGGCGGUCCUACAGCGGUUAGAGUCGCUGGUCUUCUAA